CAUCCCCAGUUUCAACCGCCUUGAUACCCCACGCUUUGAAACUUUAAAAAAAAGGUCCCGAGCUCCCAACCACCUAGAACGCCGAAUUCUCUUAAAUGACAGUCCAGGACACAUCCGGAGAUUCCAGCGUACAACGCCCAGCAGCCAGUGGUACCCCGGAGAAUGACAAGAUCCAUCCUGCCAUUUCCACCGAGAGCCAAGAUGGCGAGAGUCGCAAGAAUGCCCUCGCCGGGAUCAAACGGGAGGAAAUCAUCUUCGUGCUGCCCGGGAAGGGUGAUAAACAGGGAAGUUACCUGAUCUUCUCCCUCUCCGAGGACCCGACUGCAAACGGAGACAAGCCCUUUGUCCUCAACAUCGUGCAAUGCAAGCAGCACGAACUCGCCGACGACCUGUCAGGCUUUGUCUUGUCCCAAGACAGCUCUCCGCCAACACACUUGAGCAGCCCGCGUGAGCUCCACGUCGUGGUCUCGACCGGCUCAGGUCUUCGGCGCGCUGAGACCUUCUACCAGGAGGUUUUGUGCCCGUUGUUGGAUGCUGUCGGGCUGCAGCCGAGCGAGUCCGAGGACGCGAGAGGGUAUCGGGUGACGGUGACGAAGAACUCCAGCACCAUUCGGGAGUUUGCGAGAGAGCUAGGGGCAGAUGCGGGCGCCGGAGGGAAGACGGUCGUCCUCCUCAGCGGCGACGGAGGCGUAGUCGAUCUCCUGAACGGCCUGGACCACGCGUCCCAUCCCCCCCGGACGCCAACCAUCGCACUGCUUCCCCUGGGAACAGGCAACGCCCUCUUCCACUCCCUCCACAAGCCACACUAUUCCACCGGCGCGGAGAACCCCGGCGGCCCGUCCCCGCUUGUCGUCGGCCUGCGCACCCUUUUCAAGACCACCACCACCGCAGCACCGCUCCCUACCUUCAAAGCGUCCUUCUCCCCGGGGGCAACGCUGAUCUCCGGCCCUGACUUUGAGGAGGCCGCCACCGCCGCCGAGAACCCUCCCGCUGCUUCGAACACCGGGAACGAUGGCGACGGAGAGCAGCAGCAGCACCACCACCACCACCACCACCACCGCCACCACCACCCCGCCGUCACCCACCUGGUCGGCGCCAUCGUCGCCUCCUACGGCUUCCACGCCAGCCUCGUCUGGGAGAGCGACACACCCGCCUACCGCGUGCACGGCGACAAGCGGUUCGGCAUGGCGGCGGGCGAGCUGCUCAAGGUGGGGCACGCCUACGACGCCCGGGUGGAAGUUCGUCGGCGGCGGCGGCGGCAGCAGCAGCAGCAGCAGCAACGCGAUGCUGUGCACGGCGGCGGCGGCGACGGCGGCGAGGAUGAUGGGUUCUCGGUUCUCGUCGUCCCUCGCGGCGAAGACGGCGGUGAUGGUGGUGGUCGUCGUGGUGGUGGUCGUGGUCGUGGCAAGUUCAACUACGUCCUCGCCACGCUCGUGUCGAACCUCGAAAAGACGUUCACCAUCUCGCCGGCCGGGCGGCCGCUCGACGGGCGGCUGCGGCUGGUGUACUUUGGGGACGUGGGCGGGGACAAGACGAUGCAGAUCAUGAUGGCGGCGUACCGCGACGGGGCGCACGUGGCCAUGCCCGAGGUCGGGUACGAGGAGGUGGAGGAGGUCCGGGUGACGGUCGACGAGGACGACCCGAGGUGGCGCAAGGUUUGUAUCGACGGGAGCAUCGUGGAGCUGGAAAAAGGUGGGUGGAUGAGGGUCGAGAGGGAAGAAGGGACAAGGUUGAAAGUAUUGGUUGAUGCCGGAACCGACUGAGUGACUGUACGUACUUUGUUUGUAUGUACUACUAGUACUAUAUACAUACCACAGACGUACACAUCCAGG